AACCUGACCUGUAAAAUGAGAAAGGAUUUAUAAUGAUGUUAAUUUAGAAAGUCUGUAGUGAAGUCAUAGUUUGUCAGUCAUGUGUUUGUGAAGGAGGGUGAGAGAGAAGACAAGGCGGGGUCUGUGAAUCUGUGUAAGACAGAGAUCACUGAUCAAGUGCAUUACUUCACAACUCAGGAGGCUCAGGAGGCUUCAGCAUAUAGUACUGCAUAUAGUUUAAGUAUUCAUUUUGUUCUUACAUUUUUUUAUUUAUUUUUCACACUUUAAAAACUUCAAACUGUUUUGUUUGUUCUGAACACAUGUCAUUAUGAUUUAAGAUAAGAUUAUGUAUUUUAUUGGAGAGAGAGCGUAUAGUGUAUAAUGGCACAGCAAGUGUUGCUGUUCUUUCAUUUGCAAGAAAUGAAAGGCAAUUCUGUAUAGACAUCUAUAUAUGGUAGAGGAAAAGAGAGAAGCUAUCAGAAAUAACACAGAAAACAUGGAGACAUACACAAUCCAGGAUAUGCUUAUCAAUUCCACUGACAUUUAUAAACUAUUGUGUGGAUUGGGAAUCGGUAAUGCAUCGGACUGCAAAAAUGACAGUGACGCAAGAUCUGAACCAAAAGAUAUGAACCACACGGUACGAAUUGUACUGUAUGUGAUCAUUUUCCUGCUGAGUUUCAUAGGAAAUAGUCUCAUUAUCACAGUGCUGGUGCGUAACAGGAGAAUGAGGACGGUCACCAACCUGUUCCUGCUGUCUCUGGCCAUCAGUGAUCUUAUGCUGUGUCUCUUCUGCAUGCCCUUCACUCUCAUCCCCAACAUCAUGAAAGACUUCAUUUUUGGCAAAGGCAUGUGUAAAGUGGCCACGUAUUUCAUGGGCAUUUCGGUGAGCGUGUCCACAUUCAACCUCGUGGCCAUCUCUUUGGAACGCUACAGUGCCAUCUGCAAACCGUUUGCUUCUCGCACCUGGCAGACAAAGUCGCAUGCAGCAAAAGUCAUCACAGCUACUUGGGUCGUAUCUUUUCUGCUCAUGUUACCUUAUCCGAUAGGAAGCACGCUGGUGCCCUUCAUGCGCAGUAAUAACAGCACUGGCAACAUGUGCCGAUUGGUUUGGCCCAGUGAUGUCAUGCAGGCCUGGAGCGUUUUACUUUUGCUGAUUCUCUUCCUUGUUCCCGGAAUCAUAAUGAUGACAGCGUAUGGCCUCACUUCAAUCGAACUCUACAAGGGAAUUAAAUUUGAAAUGGCCAAUAGGAAGUCAAACAGAGAGAAAGAAUACAGCACCGCUAGCCUGAGACAUGGCGACAGUGAUGGUUGCUACUUCCAAGCGUCAAAGAGGAAGCGUUCGGACGCCUCGACCACCAGCCCGAGCAACUCAAAAAUCAAAGUCGGUAGGGUUUGCAGCAACAGCUCUACGGCAAACCUCAUGGCCAAAAAGCGUGUCAUACGCAUGCUGCUGGUGAUCGUAGGGCUUUUCUUCCUCUGCUGGACGCCCAUCUUCGUCGUCAACGCCUGGCGGGCGUUCGACAGACGUUCAGCCGAUCGUCUUCUCUCCGGAGCGCCGAUAUCCUUCAUCCAUUUGCUGUCCUACACUUCUGCUUGCGUCAACCCCAUAGUCUACUGUUUUAUGAACAAGCGAUUUAGACAAGGUGUGUUGGCGACCUUCAACUGCUGUAGGGCUGAACCGGAUGAUAUGAGCAGAGGCAGCAGCCGCCGAAGUGUCGCAGGGGCCGGAGGUGCUGGAACGCUGUUUGGAACCAGAGGCGGCGGCGGCAGGACCGGACAGGCUGAUGGAACCUGUGGAACGCUUACGAGGCUAACCGAUAGUAGUAGUCGAGGGUCUGCACAAGCAUGAAGAAAACAAUGGAUAAUGACUUUAAACAUUGAAAACACUUACCAAGAACUAGGACAAGAACAAGAAAAUAAAUUCUCAGUAACAAAACAUAGAGAUAUAAGACAAAUACUCUUGCCAAACUAGUUAAUACAGUCUAAAGUCAAAUGAUUGGUUGACUGAUUGAUGCUGACUGAAUAUAUACUGCUGAUGACAAAUGGAGACAAUGGCUGCCAACAGCACUGAAACGCUGACAGAAUCCAGUGCUCAAUUUUAUAGACAUGUCCGAAUUAAAUAAACAGCGACAUCAAAUGAAACAGGACCGCUGCCAUGAGAGAGACUUCAGUCCCCAUUAGGGCUUUGAAUUAUAAACGUUGCGUUUUACAAUAUGACUUAAGAUUUUAUGGCUCGUCUUGUCUCGACUCGACAAUUUUCUGGCCCACCUACCAUUCGUUGUGAGAGCCGAAUCUCUUUGGUUGUCUUCAUUUUUAUGCUUUACUUGAGUGUGAAGCAGACAAAACUAUUGUCAUUUACUCACCUUCAUACAAGUCCAAAUGACUUACUUUCUUCUGUUGAACAAAAAAGGAGAUGUUAGGCAGAAUAUAAGCCUCAGUUUACAUUUACUUUUAUUUUAUAGAGAGAAAAAGGGGGGUCAACGUUCAACAAAUAACUCCUCUUGUGCUACAUUAAGGAAUGAAGUCAUAUAUUCUCCUUUUUUAAGUAAACUAUUCCUGUAAGUGUGUGUGAUUGCUUGUUUGAUCUGUAAAAGCAAUCUUGUCAGCAUCCGAGCUAUGUCAGUGCUGCAUUAACCGUUUUCUAGGAAAGCACGGAGUAAUUCCGUUAUCUUGUGUGUUAGCCCAAACAUACUGUUUGUACACUGUGGCGAGAGUCUGUCCUUAUCACAGCAUGAGAUUUUUCACACCUGUUGCUCACUUCAAAGGGACUACCCAAGGCUGCUUUACACAUCUGGACUAUUUUCACCAAAGUACAAGUGGUUAUACAAUGACUAUUGUGUUUGUUUAUAACUUUCAUACGUCUUCAUUUUUUAUUAACUUUAUGUAUGUGAGAUGAACAAUUUCCUUUUUAAUUUAUCAGCAGACUCAUAAAUGAAUCCAGCAUGUUUCCUGGCACACAUAUUUCUCUAUACUCAGUGACAAUGAAAGAUUAAGAGGCAGUUUCCCGGACAUGGAUUAGAUUAAGCCAGGACAAGGCUUUAGUGAUAUACAAGGAGUUUUUACAAACAUACAUUACAAAAACAUUACUAGUGUGCAACUUAAGGCAAAACAAAGGCACUGAUAUAUUUAAGGAUAUGACUGUGCAAGCUGUUAAGUGCAAGACAGCUCAAACAAGCAUUCUAGACAAAGGUCCCUGUCCCAUUUCUACCCCCUUAAAACUUCCACUUGGUUUUGAGUGCCCUCAACAGUAAAGUCCCCUCAACGAGGGAAGUGGAGGUUCAAAUCUUUCCCUAUGAAAUGGGACCCCACUAUAUGGAAAGUAGCAAAGCGAACGUGCUCACCUACGUCACGUGCAGCGUGAUUACUAUUAAUAUGAUUGAACUCUCGAUACGCCCGGGUUAUACACGUUCAUGUGAACGUCAAAACACACAUCCUGAAUAUUGACAAAACUUCCCAGAUCAGAUGUAUAUAUGAUGGACAGACUCUCUCGAAGUAGUCGGGUGAUGUCGUCAGAUAGCUCUGUGAAAUAUUUCAACUUCACAAACACAAAACUCGUGUUCAAACUAACAUAUUCCAACAAUUUCCAGAAUUUUAACAUACUUAUUUGCAAAAAUAUAGUUGUUCUUUUCCAGCAGCGUCCGCCAUCUUGGUCGAAAAGUUUGACUAGCUCGCUGGGCUCGCGAGGUAUCCUGGAUAAUUUCAUCUCUCACUUCGUUUUAAGCCUGCAUCGGUCCUGACUACAUUUUGAGGGUUGAUUUUAAGGGGAAAAGUAAUGGGACGCCGUACACCUACACGUGCACGUGCAAAAGCGCGGGUUAGGGCAAAAAUGUAGGGGGAAGGGUGUAUUGGGACGGGCCCUUAAGCCCUGUCCAGGAAACCGCCUCUGAAAAUUGGAUUAACUUAAAAAACUUUUUUUUUUCACUUUGAGUGAACUUUUUUAAGGUGUUUUCAAUUGAAGUAAUUUUUAAGCAGAUCCAACUUUCACUUUUUCAGUGUAAAUUGUAAAAUCUCUUGGUAUAGACAUUUAAUUAAGAUUUUGCACAGUGUAAAAUACUACAGUCCAAAUAUUGCAAAUUUAAUUGAUUCAUAACCAAUUAAAUACAGAUGGUACUAUAUGAAGAUUCAGUGCCUAUUAAUGGACUAUAGCAGCUAAUACAUUAUUAUUUAAGGACACCUUUGAUUGUGGAUAAAAACGCACAUACAGUACUGUGAGUCAAAGUGUUUUCAUUUCAGUUUCAGAAUUGGUAUGUUUUUCGUAACCUUUUUAUUUUACAUUCAAGAGUUUGGUUCCUAAAACACAAUAAAUCCAUUUUGACUAAAAAA